GGGGUCGCGAGCCGGCAUCUUGGCGAUUGUGACCGUCGGAUUGUGCGGGACCGGGAGGUCUGAGCAGUUCAGGACCCUCCCGCCCCUCGGAGCACCCGCCUCUCCCUCGGACCCUUCCUUCCUGCUGUCGGGAGGGGACUCCGCGGGUACCAGGGUCCCAGCCUGCCCUGGCUGCUUCGGAGUGGUCGCGGCCGGGUUCCUCGGCGCGGGUCACAUCCCAAGUGCGGUGCCCUCGGGGCGGUCCUCAGCGGCCGGAAGGUACCCAGGAUCCCUAAAGUUGAGCGGAGCCAGGCCAGAUCCCCUGGAGUAGCCAUGAUUUCAGGAGAUGCAGAGUCGUCGGUGAAAGAGCCUUCGGUACACUCUCUUCUCUGGGAACACUCGUAGCUCUUGUGAGGAAAGGGCUGCGAGGCUUGCGUGGGUGGACGGCUGGGCUGCAGCUAUGGACCGAGAGCUGGCCCGGACCCGCAUCCUUGCUGAGCCCGCCCACGUGUGGCUGCUCCUGCCAUGGGCUCCUCAGUGUACAUCACGGUGGAGCUGGCCAUCGCUGUGCUGGCCGUCCUCGGCAAUGUGCUUGUGUGCUGGGCUGUGUGGAUCAACAGCAACCUGCAGAAUGUCACCAAUUACUUUGUGGUGUCACUGGCGGCGGCCGACAUCGCGGUGGGCAUGCUCGCCAUCCCCUUCGCCAUCACCAUCAGCACCGGCUUCUGCGCCGCCUGCCACGGCUGCCUCUUCUUCGCCUGCUUUGUCCUGGUCCUCACUCAGAGUUCCAUCUUCAGCCUCCUGGCCAUCGCCAUCGACCGCUACAUCGCCAUCCGCAUCCCACUCCGGUACAAUGGCUUGGUGACAGGUAUGAGGGCGAAGGGCAUCAUUGCGAUUUGUUGGGUGCUGUCAUUCGCCAUCGGCCUGACCCCCAUGCUGGGUUGGAACAAUUGCAGUUACCUUAAGGAAGGCAAGAACUCCACGAAGACCUGUGAUGAGGGCCAGGUGACCUGUCUGUUCGAGGACGUGGUGCCCAUGAACUACAUGGUAUACUACAACUUCUUUGCUUUCGUGUUACUGCCCCUGCUGCUCAUGCUGGGCAUCUACCUGCGGAUUUUCCUGGCAGCCCGGAGGCAGCUGAAGCAGAUGGGGAGCCAACCCCUGCCAGGGGAGCGGACUCGGUCCACGCUGCAGAAGGAGGUCCAUGCUGCCAAGUCCUUGGCUAUCAUCGUGGGGCUCUUUGCCCUCUGCUGGCUGCCACUACACAUCAUCAACUGCUUCACCUUCUUCUGCCCCUCAUGCCAGCACGCCCCUCCGUGGCUCAUGUACCUGGCCAUCAUCCUCUCCCACAGCAAUUCUGUGGUCAACCCCUUCAUCUACGCCUACAGGAUCCGGGAGUUCCGCCAGACCUUCCGGAAGAUCAUCCGCACCCAUGUCCUGAGGCGGCAGGAACCCUUCAAGGCAGGGGGUUCCAGUGCCUGGGCCUUAGCAUCUCACGGUACUGAGGGAGAGCAGGUCAGCCUCCGCCUCAACGGCCACUCCUUGGGGGUAUGGGCCAAUGGCAGUGGCCCCCAUUCUGGACGGCGGCCCAAUGGCUACACUCUGGGGCUGGUGAGUGGAGGGAGUUCCCAAGGGUCUCCUGGGGAUGUGGAGCACCCAGAAGGAGACCCAGAGCACCCUGGCUUAGGGGAUCAACUGGCUGAGGGCAGAGUAGGGACAUCCUCAUGGUCCGCAGAGUUUGCCCCUUCCUGAGGGAAAGAAAUCUUUAUCUUUUCGGUUGGCUGGACCAAUCUCACUGAGAGAAGACAAGGAAGACCAUGCCAGGAAGCCCACUGGGCAUUUGGUUUCCACUUUGGACUGAGUAGAGGGAGCAUCAACCUGCAGCAUGAAGCCCAGUAAGAAAGGCCUGGGGUGGAGGAAGGAGAUGCUCUGUGCCAUGGGGCCCUGUGCUAGGCUGGAUGCAGUAGCAUCAGCAUCUUCGAAGGCGGGGCCCAGCCCCCCCCCAUCCAGAAGCAUCAGAAAGCUCUGUCUUGUCUCCAUAGAGCGGCUGUGGCUUAGCGGCCUGGCCCAGUGCUGGGUAUGGCUGCUCCAGGUCUCCCAUCGUAGUACACUACUCUCCCCAGACUGUCUAGGGCUCAGGGAGCUGCCGGCCUGGAAGUGGCAUUUAACUACUUUUUUUUUCCAGAAGAUAAAAAUGUGAGGAAACUCUUUCUAUUUUAUUGACUUCCCCUCCCUGGCUGCUGGCACUGUCGUCGAUCCUGCUCUUGUCCCAAGGAGUUGCAGGCAGCCCUCUCACACUUCCGCAAGCUGCCAUGCUCUUAGUCAUAGGGCCACCUCGGGGCAACAAGGCUGGGCUUGGAGACAGGAACUGUGGAGGGAAUAGUGCCAGAGUGUGGGCUCUCAGGUCCCAUGAGAGAGGUUAGAACUGUCAAGCCCUGGACCUGAGCCUGGGUAGUUCUGAGCUGCCCCAUCAGAGGCCCUGUCUACUGCCUUUCCUUCUGGAGGGACUGAUGUUUUUGUUCGUGUGUGUGUGUGUGUGUGUGUGUGUGUGUGUGUGUGUGUGUGUGUGUGUGUAUUUUCUGGGAUAAAAUAAAAUGAGCCACACUUGUGUUUUAAACUUG